UUCAUGGUGUAUCAUUUCGUUUGCGUUGCUAUGAGCAAUUGAAUGGUGAAUUCAGGAAAAAUUGCAAACAAGAUGAGAACUUUGACGAGUGUAAAGGAAAGGCACAUCAUUAAUUUGGAUUUUAUGGUUGGUAACUGCUGUGAAAUCGAAUCAAAAACUUCGAUCGAAACCACAACGAUUUGCAACGCUUGAAGGAAAACAGUUUGAUCUUCAAAAUGGCUUACGAAAAAUCGGUCAUUAACAUCAACAUUAACUUUGAGAGUGACGAGCAGUUCAUUCCUCAACUACCGAAGCCGUUUCUGGUGAGAAAAGAUCGCGGUAAAGGUAAACUUGGUACAAUUCAACCAAGUCACGAAGCACAAAGGACUGCAAUUGAAAUACAUAAAAGAGUCAUGGAAGUUCAAAGAUUUCGCCGUGACAGUCAAAGUGCUUUGGAAGCUCCUCUGUUAGUUACGGCUCUUAUAAAGAAAACUCACCAACGGCUCGAUACCAUUCAGGAGAAAAGUCAAUCACAUCUUACGCCAUUGGAGAAAUUCAUCUGGGCAGCACGGGUGGUUCAUGUUUUAGUUUCGUCUUGCAUGAGAUGGAGAAGAUACAAGAAACCAGAUGGAAGUACCAAAAGUAGACAAGAUUCAGCUGACUCAGGAACAAGAAAAGGAAGUCAGAAAAACUCUGGAAUUGGUUUUGAUACAAGAGCAUUCAAAGGGAAAAGUAAGAUCUCCGAUGAACUCCGUCAGAUUUUAACAUCCAUACCUCGAGUGCGAACAAAUGAAGGACUUAAGAAGAUCCAGAGACUUUGUCGGAGUACGCGUGCGUUCAUGAUAUUUCCGCUGGAGAGAGAAAGUGAUCUGUCCCGCCUCGUUGGAUAUGAACGAUACGACAAUGGUCGAGUACUUGCCUGUCAGGGGAGAAUACCGGAGAGAUUUUAUUACGUCCUCUCAGGGAGAGUUAGUAAAGUUUGUGUUUAUGAUCUGGCUGCUGGUGUUACAAAGAUGUCUUUCGGGGAGCUGAUGCAAGGAAAUACAACCGAUCCUGUGGAACUGAUGAACGGUACAGAAAGAGAACAUUCUCUGAUAUGCAAAGGACCUGUUGAAGUUCUCGUGUUAGACAAAGAGGAUUUCAUGGAACUGAUGAAUACAAGCCCGGACAGCGGACUGCCGAUUGAAACAUUGAGGUCAAUCGAACUCUUUCGAAACUUUCCGCUGGAAAAGUUUCUAGACGACAAAGACGCCAUUAUGACCAAAUACUUUGCUAAAGAAGCAGUGAUUGUUAAAGACAGUAGUGAUACACCAUUCUUCUACAUCGUGAAAUCAGGGAGGUGUAAGGUUGUUAGAAAGCAGGAAGUGUUAGAUAUGAGCAAGACAACAAAGCUUCCCAGCAUUACCACUGUGACGAGGAAAUCUCCAAGGUCAACUCCUGGUAAAAACCCCACAAGUCUGUUAGAGCUAACGGAAACAUUUUCUAAGAAAAACAAGUCGCGAUUGGAUAAAAUAACGAUGAGAACCUCAGUGUGUUCUAUGAACCCAAAUAUAAAAAUUACAGGCGACUCGGGAAUUAUGUUUGCUGAAAAGAACGAUGGUGAGCAUCCCACUUCAAGACAACUUGAAAAGGACCCGAUUUUUGAUUCAUGUGGCAUGACAUGUCCUAAGAAGCCAGACAAAAUAACCAAAAAGGUGUCCGACGUUUCAGUUACCAUUCCCACGAGAACAGCGCUCCUGCAAAUCGCUGUUCUAAAACCAGGGAAUAUGUUUGGCCUGGAGUCCAUGAUGCCUAAAGUUGCCACCAAGAUAAGUUCAGAGACUGAUGCAGUUGAAGAAAAUCAAGAUCCCUCCACAAAAAGCCUCAUCUUGAUCAGUGAAGGAGCUGAGUGUAUCAUGAUCAACAAGAGGUUCUUCUUAAUGAACGCCAGCAUCACCACUCUCGUUCAACUAAAAGCUUUGCGAGAAGAUUAUAUGACUGUACCUGAUGCUCGACACCGGAUCCAAUGCUUAGAAAGUUGGGAUUUGUACAAAGGAGAACUAAUAAGAACACUGACGACAAGAGCGGAAAAACAAGCGCGAAGAUAGCCGUGAAUAUUUUUAAUGAUUCAGUCCUUAGUAUGACUCAGCUUACGUACCUGCAUACAUCCGCUGGCUUGGAACAAGCGUUCAGGAUUAUUGACUGUCUCUAAGAGAUGGAUUCUAUUUCCUGCUCUCCCACGGAAACUUUAUGCUGGCGUAAAUUUAAAACAUAUUCUGGAAAAAUCCUCGGAGACUGCCAGACGAGAAUAACUUAAAUUGGCCACUUCCGUUUUCUGACAACCCAGAUAUCCACUUUCUUUCCAGGGUUUCUCUCCUGUUAGAGGAAAAGAUACUCUGGUGACGAGAUCGUCUACCAAUGAUAAGAAAAUUAAUAUAUUUGUCUCUUUUGAUAAAUCAAAGAAUUGUCCCGAAAGUAGGGAAAUUAUUUAUGGGAUGUAAAUGUGAAUACUAAGAAAACAAGAGUGAAUAAUGAGUGACAUUUUGAAAAAAGAAAACAAACCACAUUCUUUCAUGAGGGUCUCAAAGGGGUGAGGGCUUUUGCGGCUAACGGUUCAAAUUUGGCAAAUUUAUCUCAAGGAUUAAUAUCUUUCCACUGUGGUCCCCAGAAAAAAUUUUACGGCUUACUUUUUUAUUACGACAAACGCUUAAAUU